UGCACUCAUUCAAAUAGUUCUUGCAGUUUGUUAUUUUGUGCCGUGCGCUGCAGUUAUUAUUAUUAUUACUUGUACUAACUUUCAAAAAAGUGAAACCUGCUAUAAGAUAUGACAUCCAUAAAAUUCAUUAUCGUCUUAAGUACCUUGGCUGCUAUAGCGCUAUGUAAACCUGCUAGUAAUGAGCAGCUUGACAAUGCUACAGUAAACGACGUUUCAGUAAAUGCAGUUACAAAAAGACAGGAUGAGUUUAUAAAAACCAAUGAAGCACCUAAAAAGGACACAUCUAUUGAGAUUUCCGGAAUUUCAACUGGAUUCGAUAGUCCCUCAACUGACACACCAACUGUUUUUAAACCCCAGCGGGCUGGGACAAUGUUUGCCAGAUUUAUCGAUGAUAUUUUCCAGAUUCCAAUAACUGUUCUGCAAUCAGUGGCGAAAUUGAUAACGAAUCCAUUUACCACCAAAUCUUCACCAGAAGCAGCAGCUGAAAAUCCCACUCAUUAAUUAAUUUCUUAGUUAAGUAGAAUUUAAUGUGUAAAUAUGUAUGUCGGUAUAAGAUAAAGUGAUAAUUUCCUUCUUGGUUUAAGAUAUUGUACCUAGAAAAAUGUAACUAAAAUAAUUUAUCUUUCAUAAAAGUUGAGCUUUAUUGUUAGAAAAAAAUAGGAUGUU